AUGUCUCGUGCACGUACUUCAGACGAAAUUUGGUGGGCAAGGAUUUUAGAUAUAUUUGACGAAUUUUUACAUAAUUAUCCAAAAUUACCAAAAAAGCCGUUAGCAGAAAGCAGGUGGUUACAUUAUAAGCCUGGUGGAAGUGGGGCUCAUAUAUCUCCUGAUGUUGCUGUAUAUCCAGAUACAGCGUUUGUUCCAAGACCUUCCGCUUCCACAAUAAUACCUCGUCCUCCCAGUGAUGUAGAUGGAAAUCCACAUGCUCGAAUAAUUUGCGAGGUAGCUGUAGGUCAAAGUGUUGGUCGUUUGAGACAACAGUGCUUGACUUGGAUGCAAGAACAAUACGUCCGUGCUGUCGUCAGUAUCAAGAUUUUAGAGCCAAGACCAGGGAUUCAAGAACCUGUAACCGGAUAUUUCUAUAGAACAAUGACGGCUAAAUUGUACCGUCAAGGAAUGGCGGCACAACGAUGGGACUUUGGAAAUUUUAAAAAACAUUCAAGGGAUCCCGUCAACGAUCCGGCUUGUUGCAACGCGCCGAACUUAUUAGCUUUUCAGAUCACAAUUCCCAUAA